GGGUCAGGGGUCACCACUUGAGGUGGUAUGAACCUGCUGUCAGGGAAGGUCACCAUGGAGGGGUGUUGCAGGGGAUAGUAAGGGUUAAAGUCACAUGAUGAGACUUUACUGAGGUUUCCUCUGCUGUGCCUCUCCACGCUGCCUCCCUGGGGGAAGCCAAACUGAUCUACAUUCGGUAGACCGGGGAAUGAAGUCACACCUGCUUGGUCAUCUAUAUAACCAUGGUGGUACAACUCUGGCUGGACCGAUGCUGUGGUUUCAGCAGGGGACAGGAGGUCCGCCAUGAGGCUGCCACUGUUCAUCUGCAGGUGCUCCUGUCCUGGUUGGUCCUUAAACAUGGCCACCUCUUGGUACGCUCUAUUUGGGUCUAACUGUGGGAGCCGCUGCUCAUUGUUGUCCAGUGAGGGGUUGAGGUCCGGCGACGGGCUGCUCCAGUCAGACAGCAGGAACUCAAUGUCCCAGGAUGCCUGGCUGUCAUCGUCCAGGAGCUCCUCUGUCAUUUGCUGGGAGACGUGCAUCUGCUCAGAGCUGCUUGGAGACAGUUUGUUACUGAGAGAGUCCAGGGGGAGAGAGCCAGUGUCAGACUUCCACAUCUGGAUGGUAUUGGAGAGCAUUGAGAGCUGUUCACUCUUCAGGUAACAAAACAGUCACUAUUCCUGUCACUGUGAAGGAAUCAAAGGACUGAAGAGAGCUGUAAGUGUACUUACUUUCAUAUUGUCACUGGAGUGAGCGAGGUUGGAGAAGGAGCUGAAGGACGGGAGCACGGCCUGAGUAACAGCCAUCAGGCACUGUGACAUGGACGCCGACUGACUGUGGUAGCAGCAAAGAUGGAGGCGUCCUCACCGAGCAGAGUUGGCAGGAGACUGUGGAACAACCCCAGAGCCACCCACUACAGCAAGGAGACCCAGGAUGUGAUGAGAUUAAUGAUGCAGGAAUCAUGGCUCACCAACCUCCAGAGAAAACAGAUACGCGAAUGCCUCAAGAACGGAGCAGCUUUGCCAUUGACCGCUGAGCCCACAGCAACAGCUCCCCCUCCUCAGCCUAAAAUCAGCAAACCUGUCCAGAAACGCCUGCUGGGCAAGCCUCAGAGACGUAGCGCUGAAUCUUGUCGUUCGGGGAACAGCUACAUCAGAGAAAAGUUCUGCCCUGGUCCUACAAGAGACUUGGAGAAAGAGAAGAGGAGGCUUCAGAGUAUUAUGGCAACAGGACAAGAGGAACCCACAGCUGUGUCUUCCAAAAAUGUUCCUGCAUGUGAGAACCCAGGAGUGGUGGAGGAGAAAGAUCGGUAUCAGGAAGUUCUAGAUGAGAUAGAGGAGAGGAUGCAGUUUCUGGCAGAUAUGGCCUCUCUGGGCAAGGAGAAGCAGUACAUCAACAUCAUCAACACGGAGAUAUCCCAGAAAAUCCGAGAGCUGGAGGUGUCGAACAAAACCUGCUGUCACAAGAAGGAUGGAGUGACAUCUGAGAGGAAAAGAGAGGCUGCAGAACAGACAACCGCAAGUCUGAACUUGUAAGAGACGGGAGAAGACUCACUGCCACUGACUGAACUCUUGGAAAUAACUUGGAAACCAGAUGGUGAAAGCAAUGAAUUUACAAAGCAUUAAAUAUUUACAUUAAGUUAUUUUAUUCCUCUGCCUUCCAAUGUCAGUAUUUUUAAAGUAUUUAUAAUCCCGCUGCUGUUUCAGGACAAUGUAUAUCUGACAGAAAUGUGAGGCUACAGAAGCCCUUGGUUUCAGCUGGACAGGAGGACAGGCACGGAGCAGAAACACAGACACAACAGAGAUUACCAUUUAAAAUGAAGGACAAACAGACAAAACAGAAUGAGUAAACAUACUGACAUUUACAGAAGCUUGAACAAAUGACAGCUCAUCCACAUAUGCAGUUAAAUAAAUGGCACUCACACAAACAAUAUUAACACGUUUUUUUUGUAUCCAUUUUAAGGCAAAACAUGGAAACAUAGAGCAAGGCAGAGUAAAAUAUAAAUUAAUGAUUGCAUAUUCAGGUUUUCCCCAAUGGUUAAAACUGUUAUAAGCUAUAAGGUCUUGCUACAGUUGUUAAAACCCUGUAAAUCUGCCUUUUCUAAUAUUUAUUAUUGCAUGUGUGAACUUUCAUACUAAUAAACCUUCUAACAGAAAUGUUAAGUUUAACACUUUUAACUCUACACUGCUGAGACCUCAAAUUUUCUAGAUCUGAUUUGGAGUCUCCCACUUCGUCUCGAGUCACACACUCCCAUAAAUACUGUAUCUACUG